GUGUCAAGGUUAAUUCUUCCCACGGAUGCGAAUCGUGAUUCGUGACUUUCGUUUUUCAAGAAGUUUUAUGAAAAUUAACAUUUAAUAACUUCUGUAAAGUGUGUUUUCAAAAUUUUAAACAAUGCCUAAAGUUUCAGUCAAAGUCAAAUGGGGCAAAGAGAUGUACCCAGGCGUGGAGGUAAACACAGACGAGGACCCGGUGUUGUUCAAGGCCCAGAUCUUCGCGCUGACCGGAGUGCAGCCGGAGAGGCAGAAGGUUGUGUGCAAGGGCGUCACUCUCAGAGACGACGCCUGGGGCAAUUUCAAGCUGACUAAUAAUGCACUCGUCCUGGUGAUGGGCAGCAAGGAAGAGGAUGUCCCGGCCGUCCCCGUGGAACCAACCCGUUUUGUGGAGGACAUGAAUGAGGCAGAGCUUGCUACAGCUCUGGACCUCCCAGAGGGUUUGAUCAACCUGGGCAACACCUGCUACAUGAAUGCCACUGUUCAGUGCCUCAAGACUGUACCUGAGCUGAAGAAUGCUCUGCUCAACUAUGAUAAAUCAUCCGGCGGCGGUAACGCGGGCGAGCUGACAGUCGCUCUCAGCGAGACCAUGUCGGCGCUCGAAGGCGGCGGCGCCGGCGCCUGCGCGGGGGCGGCAGCGCGGUUGCUUCGCGCGCUUCACUCCACUGCGCCGCGCUUCGCCGAGCGCGGGCCCGGCGGCGGCCUGGCGCAGCAGGACGCGUCCGAGUGCUGGGCCGAGAUCGUGCGAGCGUUGCAGCAGCGCUUACCCGCCCCGCCUGGUGUGCCCGCCGACCGAUCGAACGUAAUCGAACAGUACUUCGGCGGGACCCUGGACGUGGAGCUGGUGUGCUCGGAGGCCGAGGAGCCGCCCACGCGCAGCAGCGAGUCCUUCCUGCAGCUGUCCUGCUUCAUCUCGCAGGACGUCAAGUACCUGCAGUCGGGGCUGCGAUCGAAAAUGUCAGAACAAAUCACAAAAAUGUCACAAACAUUGGGAAGGGAUGCUGUUUACACUAAAACGAGUAAAAUCAGCCGUCUCCCCGCGUAUUUAACGGUGCAAUUCGUGCGGUUCUACUACAAGGAGAAGGAGGCUAUCAACGCGAAGAUCCUCAAGGAUGUCAAAUUCCCUCUGGACCUAGAUGUUUACGAGCUCUGUUCACCAGAACUGCAAGAAAGGCUAGCGCCCAUGAGGGCGAAGUUCAAGGAAGUAGACGAUGCGAAUGUUGAGUCGUCUCUCACUGCCAAAAACAAACCCCACGGAGACAGCAAAAAAGAAUCGAAAAAUAAACGAGUUAUGCCUUAUUGGUUUGAAAAUGACGUAGGCAGCAAUAACAGCGGUUUCUACCGCCUCCAAGCGGUGCUAACACACCGCGGGCGGUCGUCGUCGUCCGGGCAUUACGUGGCGUGGGUCGCGCGCGCCGGCGGAUGGCUGCGAUGCGAUGACGAUGCGGUCACGCCCGUGCCUGAAGAAGAGGUGCUCAAGCUCAGCGGAGGAGGUGACUGGCACUGUGCGUACCUGCUGCUCUACGGGCCCCGCGUGCUCGAGCUGCCGUCGGAAGACGAGCCGAUGGUGACGGAGGUCACAGAGACGGAUCCAGGAGUGCCGCCCACCGCGCUCGCAUAACGCAGCCGACUCGCUUCGCCCGCUCGGCUGGCCCACGGAACCAGGGCUACUCCGAAACGCCGUCACGUAGUUUCGACUUUAUCUGUCACUGUCUCAUUGUGGCACUCGUGAGAGGGACGGCAAUAUUCGAGACUUUGAACAACGUUUUUCGGAGUAACCCCGCUGACGCUAGCUUGGGACGACAUUGUCUACACACAGCUGCCUGCCCGUACCCAGCGAGACUGACCACACCCUGCCUUUGUAGCGCGUAUAGCCACCUUGUGAACCGUGUACCGAGAAUGAAAUGCAAUAAUGCCUUGCCUUAUAUCGUAUAUAUGCGGGGCUAGAUAAUAAUGUUCUAUGUUUCAAGUUGUUCUCAAAAUGCUGCAGCCCCACAGAACUGAAUUAGUUUUAGGUGAGUAGAUUUGGAAAUAUAAUUUGAUUUAUUCUUUUUAAUUAUUCAUUGUGAGCCUGAUAAUGAAAUUAUUACUCUUACCUAUCUCAAAUGCUGAAAAUUGAUGAUUUUAACUCUAUCCAUAUAUUACUAAACAAAUGUGUAAAAUCGACCAGUAAAAAGAUCAAUUUGUUAUUUCAUAUCACUUAUUCUUUUAUACAAUAGAUUUUCCUAAUAUUUUAAAGGCUUAAAUCAUUCUUAUUAUUUCAUUCUUAUUUUAUCUAAAACAUUAUCUUGCUCCGUUGUUUUAUCGUUAUUUACUCAAUCCUAUAUAACAAUUCAAAAACUUCAUUACUGAAUGUAUGAUAAUGAAUUUUUACUGUCGAAGAUAAAUCGAUGGAAUUUAAAGUCGCAAUUUUCAUUUAGCAGAUCGAUGCAGUUGUUAUUUUUUCAAUUUUACACCGAGUGUUAAAAUAAUAAUGUAAGUGUCCAUAACUAUUAAGUUUUCAAUAUUUAUCGCGUGCACAAGUUGUGUUUUUGAGCGCAGCACAAACAAUGUACCGAGGCCAGUUAUUUCGUAACUAGAAAAUCUGAAUAACGUUAGAUAGUGAAAAAAUUAUAAGUUAUUGUUUAUUUGUAGUCCCAAUUAAAACACAAAUUAGAAAUGACUGUAUGUAUAAAGUAUUUAUAAUUUGUUAUAAUGUUUUUGCGUAUUGCGACUAGUGGGUCGACGGCACUGAGCGGGCCUAUUUCAGUAAAUUAUUCUUGUAAAUUGGCAUUCAAAAUGCUGCUGUUGUUUGCUUUAGGCACUUUCUUCUCAAUAAAUGUCGUUAAGUUCUCUAUACAAGAUGUAUUGAAUUUUAUAAGACUAAUUACCUAUACUAAACAAUGAUCGAUAAAUAAAUUUGU